AUGGCUUGCAAAUAUGGCGAUUGCCUUUUCCCUUCAGCCACAGUGAACAGAAGGCCAUCGUCCAUCAAGGCUCAUUGUCGCGUGACUCGCAAAUACAUUGACUCGCGAGCGCAGCCGGAUUGUUGUGUUGCCUGUGGUUGUUGUGUUGAGAGGUCAGACUCCUCCCCUCUCUCCUUCCUCCGGCGCCAGAGCAGCCAUCUGUCCCUCUCGCUCGCCGUUUCUGCCCUUUUUUCUUUUGCCUACGCUCCAUUUUCAGCUCGCAAGCUUCUCGUUGUGCUCAACUCAGAAUGCAGGGAACUCCUGCGAAUCCUGCUAUGAUGCUGGCGCCACACGUGCUCGUCGGAUCAUUGUUCGCCAUUUCUGUGCUGCCGGUCGUGGAGCAUCGCCUUCGACAAAGAAGUCAAAUCGCCGCGCAUGUCAUCCUCGGAUUUCUCUUUUUUGCUUUUCCAACGUAUUUCAUGAGGAUUACCGUGAGUUUUUUUCAUUCUCUGUCAUUAAUUACAUUUACAUGUGCGUUUUCAAAUUGGUGAAUGUAGGAAAUGCGUAUGAAACCGCCAUAUGCGCGAUAAUCUUUUGCUGCCAUCUUAAGGCACUUAAUAUGGAAAUUAGGGCCCUUCCCAAUGUGAAUUGAAGACAACAAGUUCCACCCGAUUUGAAUAAAGGUUCAUGUAAUUUUAUGAAGUUUUUCAGGUCACGGGAGACUUCAACAAUCUUCAUGGUUUUCUUCAAUCGUUUUGUGCUGCGGUUCACGUUAGUUCUCCUUAUUUUUGUUAAAAGGAAAAAAAACUGAAGCUUCAGAUUGGACACGCUUAUCUCCUUUGGAAAAGCCAGGGUUUUGGCCGACCGGAGCAGUCGAUUGUCUUUUCACGAGCUGUCACCGCGUUUGUGACACUUUUGACCAGAAGUUUUGCCGCGUGGCAUCUCAGCGAAAAGAGCACUCGUGGACUUCUCAUCACUGACAACGUUUACCAUUUUGAAAAUUAAACAAAAAAUGAUCAUUUUUCAGUUUAUUGUAUGUGUGCUGCUAGUUGAUGGGGCCUGGUUCGUGUCGGAGAUUGUCCGCUUCUACCAGAACAGCCGCACUCAACAGGAAGAGGUCGACGCCUUGGCCACUCGUACGACUGUUUGGAUAGAGGUUCGGGUUUUACCUUUUUUUCAAGAUAUCUCGCCUGCCUAUUUCAACAUUCCACGAAAAAACUUGAACAGAACUUAUCAGACAAUUUCAGGGAAAAGGUUCGUUCUACCUGGAAAACGCUCUGUACUUCGACGCCGGUUUGACGUUGGUGUACGCUCUCAUUCACUACGCUUUCCCGCAGCAUAUUCUUCGUCUCAUUGUCAGACAAAAUUAGUUUUGAUUUUUCGAAAAUUCUUUCUGCAGAUCAAGCCGGAAUAUCUGCUUGACUCCCACCACUUCAUGUGGUGCCGACUGUUUGGAGCGCUCAACCUUCUGCCGGCCCUGACUUCACUUUCUGCUCGUUUCUUCCCUCCUCAUCUCCAAACCGUCUAUCUCGCCAGUCGGCUGCUGGUUUGGACCUCGCUGACCAACGCGGAUUAAUUAUUACGCGAUUACAGACACAGAGCACCGUUUUCGUCCUGAAUAUCUGGGGUCACUGGGUUUUGGGGGUUUAUUCGGCCAACCACAUUACCGCCUUCAUGAUCAGUGGAUUUUUCUCCACUUUCCUCUUCUCGGUCUGGCACCGCAUGCAGAAGCAGUUCAUUGACGAGGUGAAAUUUCGAACAUUGAAUCUUGCGUAUAAAAGAAAAGUUCCAAACUUGGAAUUUUCUUGAGUUUUUUUCAAGAUUGCUUUUGACUAUCUUUUAUCCUAUUCACGCAAAUUUUGACUUUUCAUAAUUUGCAGUAUCAGAAAAACAGGAGAUUUUUCUCUGUUAAAUGAAAAACUGAUUUAGUUCUUUUUUUAAAAAAAUAUUUUUCAGCGACCGGAGAAGCGCAACGUUUCUGCGACUUAUGAAACACGAACUGUCACCAAGAAAUACAAUUGA